AUGCUUCAGCAGGUACUAAAUCCACUGGACGCCAUUUGCAACAAGCCAAGAAGAGAUGCUGUAUGUGUAAGCCAACUCAAAAAUGCAAAAAAGGUUGACAAAGCAAUACUUCAAGAAAGACCUGACGUUAAGAUAUUCUUACCAUUUAGAUUUUUAUUUUAUAAGCCAGAAGAAGUUUUUAAACCUCAUACAUACAACAGGUUUUUAGCUGCCGUUACGGGUGACCAUGUCAUAAGUUUGAUUGAUGAAAUUUCAUUAGUGUUUCCACCAGCUCCUCCCCUUUCACAAUUGGAUGAGUUGGAUCAAGAUCUGUUUUGUAAUGGGGAUAACAGGCCAGUCAAUUGUGGGAAAAACUGCGAGUGUGUGCAUACCGUAGAUAUACCGCUUAACGCAAUUGUAGAAGUAGUUUUAGUUGACGAAGUUCAAUCGCCAAACUUAAGCCAUCCUUUCCAUCUUCAUGGAUACAACUUCAACGUUGUGGGUAUUGGACGAUCACCCGAUCAGAACGUUAAAAAAAUUAACUUAAAACACGCCCUCGAUCUCGAUAGAAGAGGACUACUACACAGACAAUUUAAUCUACCUCCACUUAAGGAUACCGUAGCGGUGCCAAAUAAUGGUUAUGUGAUAUUUAGGUUUAGAGCCGAUAAUCCAGGUUUUUGGCUAUUCCACUGUCAUUUCCUUUUCCAUAUAGUAAUAGGAAUGGGACUGAUAGUACACGUAGGCACUCAACAAGACUUGCCCCCUGUACCCGAAGGUUUCCCUCGAUGUGGUCAUCAUUUGCCGCCUAUAACGCCCCCGCCUGCGAUCCAUAGUUACCAGUGAUAUCAUGUACAAAUAUUUUAAUAUUAGGAAAAAAAUAUAAUGAUAUGUUUUAAAGCAUUUGUCUAGAGAAACUGGUAGAACACGUUAAAAUGAUGAUUUUA